AGUUGCCCAGCAAUCACGCCCCAAGCAAGACGUACGCGCGCGUUCGCUGCUUGCAAUAUACACAGAGAAAUAAAUCACGAAACACGAAAAAUACGCUGAUUAAACGUAAUUGAAAACCCAAAUAAUGAAAUACAAGUGAAAUGAAAUAUAGUGAAAACAACCCAACAAAAUACGCAAACUCAAGUGAAGAAUAGUUCUACAUUAAUAUAUACAAAAAAGUAAACAGGUGCGAUCGGUUAUUAAAUUGACUGAUGGUCGCGUAGAGGAGGUCCUGCCACAUAUGAUGAGCCUCAGUGUGCUCUCGCUGCCGCAACGUUACAAACGCCUCCUGCAAGCGAUGACACUCGCCGUUGCCGUCGUCUACAUGACGCUCCUGCUCUAUCAGAGCGCCUACGGAUAUCCGAACUUCCAAUUGCAGCCACAGCCGCUGUCGAGUUCCAGCCAGUUGCUGGAUGGCAAUGAACCUGCAGCAAUAACGACCACACAGCAACUGCAGCAACAACAGCAACAUCAACAGCAACAGCAACAACUGCAACACUCGCUGCCACCUACAACACAAACAGCAUCCUCGUUUGCCUCCUCGGCUGCCUCGCCCAUAACUCCCUCGCUGAUCAUUCGCAAGGACAUUCACAGCUUCAACUUCAGCGACAUUGAGGUGAGUGAGCGACCCACAGCCACCCUGCUGACGGAGUUGGCACGUCGCAGUCGGAAUGGGGAACUGCUCCACGAUCUGUCGCAGCGAGCGGUGACAGCGACGCCUCAGCCACCCACAACUGAAUUGGAUGACAUUUUCAUCAGUGUAAAGACGACGAAGAACUAUCACGACACCCGCUUGGCAUUGAUCAUAAAGACCUGGUUUCAAUUGGCCCGCGAUCAGACCUGGUUCUUCACAGACACCGACGACCACUACUAUCAGGAGAAGACAAAGGGCCAUCUUAUAAACACGAAAUGUUCACAAGGCCAUUUUCGGAAGGCGCUCUGCUGUAAAAUGUCCGCGGAACUCGAUAUCUUCUUGGAGAGUGGCAAAAAAUGGUUCUGUCACUUCGACGAUGACAACUAUGUCAAUGUGCCCCGAUUGGUGAAACUGCUCGACGAGUACAGUCCCAGCGUGGAUUGGUAUCUCGGCAAGCCAAGCAUAUCCUCGCCGCUGGAGAUUCACUUGGACAACAAAAAUACAACUACGAAUAAGAAGAUAACCUUCUGGUUUGCAACUGGCGGCGCUGGGUUCUGCCUCAGUCGCGCCCUGACACUCAAAAUGCUGCCCAUAGCAGGUGGCGGCAAGUUUAUCAGCAUCGGCGACAAGAUUCGUUUUCCGGAUGAUGUCACAAUGGGUUUCAUCAUAGAGCAUCUGCUGAAGGUACCGUUGACUGUUGUGGACAACUUCCAUUCACAUUUGGAGCCCAUGGAGUUCAUACGCUCGGAUACGUUCCAGGAUCAGGUAUCCUUUAGCUAUGCGCACAUGAAGAACCAGUGGAAUGUGAUCAAAGUGGAUGGCUUCGAUCUGAAGACGGAUCCGAAGCGUUUUUACUCGCUGCACUGUCAACUUUUUCCCUACUUCAGCUUCUGCCCGCCCAGAUAAAAACUGGGGUCCAUCUGCCCCACACGCUAUAUAUCGAAGGGUCUUCCGAGGUCCCGUUGGCUGUUGCAGGCGAACGCUUGUCGUUGAAUGCGGUUCAGAACCGUUUAGGGCAAACGUCGAUAAUGAAAAGAUACAGAAAUAAUAAGAAAACAAAUCUCGCCACUGUGAUUUAAUAUUUAAGUAUACAAAAUACUGUGUCGAUAAACGAUAACAGUUAACCGAUAUAACCAAUAAUGUGUGGUUCUUUGUAUAUAGAUAUAUAUAGAAUUCAACUCGAAAUGUUGUGCUUCCUAGAGAUUUAAACACUGAUGAAGAACUUGCCUUCCAAAACAGAAACUCAUCUAAGUUUACAACUAUUAUCGCUUAAGAUUCGCAAUUCCCGAACAAUUCAACACUUUCCAAGUGCUUCCUUUAAUUAAUCUUCCAUUGCAGCUAAGGCUCAGUUAAAUUAAUCGUCUAGUCUAGGUUUAAGUUGCUGUGUAGCUUACAGAGAUCGCAGAUACGAUUAUCAUCAAAGUGCGGUGCAAAGUUGUUUUCUCUUUGGCAGUGUCUGCACUUGUGUGUAAUAUUGUAACUGUCACUGCAGUCGUAUAUAUCUAAUCUGUGUGUGUAUAUAAAUACCGAGUAUAUAUAUGUAAUGUAACUCUAAUUUGUAGCUUAGCCCUAAGGAAUGUUUAAACAAUUUUGUUAAUUUUUAGUUUGCUUAAAUAAAACCAGAUAAAAUAUUAAAAAC